AUCUCAUAGCACGUGCGGCAUAUCAGUGGUUUCGUCAUGGAGGAGGAAGAGCUGAAGGCUGAGAUUCGGCGUUUGGAGCAGCAGCAGCUUGCGCAAAUGCGUCAAGGCGCCAUUCUUCAGAGCAAACUUGAGGAAGCUCAACGGCAGCAGAGGGAGCUGCAACAGGAUUUGAAGGCUCGCCAUGCUCAAGUGCUGAAAGACCAGCAAGAGGAGCAGAUGAGACGGGAGCAAGAGGCAAUGGCACAAUUGGAGGAGGACCUUCAGAAACGGUUAGAGGAGCUUCGGACCAGAGAGGUGGAGUUGGAAAAGUCCUUGCGUUCCGAACAAACUCGGAAGAACGACUUGGACGAUGAGGUGCACUAUUGGCGAAGCUGUGGACAUGCUCUUCUGAAACGAACAGGUGGCCAAGAGACUGAGGUUCUAGAGGAGGCUGCCAAGAAAGAGAUCGAUCUUCAAGUUGAGAUGAAGGCUUUGGAGGCGCAAGGCUCUGAGCUACGGAUCCGGAUCAAGGAGGUGGAGCGCAUGGUGGCCUUGGGGCGGGCACAGGAGGUGGAGCUGGUGACCAAAAAUCAAGGGCUGCUGCACUGUCUUGCCCUGGCCCAGCAGAAACAGGUUGCUUCACAGACGAAGGCAGCGAGCCUUCAGGUGGAGCUACAGAAGGUGGAGGCAGUGAAAACAGCUGUCAGUCCAGAAGCUAUUGAAGAAGGUUUGGGCCAGGAGGAAGUAGAGUAUUGGAGGCGCUUUCUCUUAGCAGGGAACUUGUUGAGUCACAAGAGAUAUCCAGGAGAAAGAAGCAAGACAAGGCCUUGGAGGUGGAACGGCUCAGCCACGAAGAACGCCGUUUGAAAGCUUUGCUCUUACGCUCGGGCGCCGCAGAUGUGACGGAGUACCUCUCCACAAGGGGAUGCGGCAUGCUUGAUGAGUCUAUCAGUUGGUUUGCAACCUCCCUCUUCAAGUCUGCAUUCAUCCGCCGGGCUUUCUGUGUUCACCUUUUCGUGCUGUACAGCUGGAUCGUUUUCCUUUUAUGGUUCAUUUCCAGCCGGACUCAUGAAAAAUGAAAGCAAAAAUCUAUUUGCUGGU